CCAGAUAGAAUGAUUGAAGAAAACAAUUCACAUCUACCUUUGGGAGAUGCUCUCAUAGAAGACUCGUCAUUAUUGUCAUGUGAUGAUAUAGGUGAGGCUUCCUUAGUUUCUUCCCCUGAAAAAAGCCCUUUAAUAUUUGAACAUGGUGCUGUUUUUCAUCAGAAUAAACGAAUGAUGCGGAAACUUAAGUCGGAAGUGUGGCAUCAUUUUUCUUUGUCUCCAGGGAAUAGUCUAAAAGUGAUGUGUAGACACUGCAAUUGUAUGAUAAAUCGUGGAAGGAAAGGUGAUGUGGGCACAAACUGUUUGACGAGACACUUAUAUAGACGCCAUCCUGAACUCAUUGGUAUCCAGAAGAAUUUUAUGGAUGUGAGUUUAGCAAAUUCGCCUUAUGUGAUUCUGGCUUCUGCAGAAUGUUUGUCUUCAAAACUGACUUAAUUACCCACAAUGGUUACUAAUGAUAGUCAAGUCAUUUUUCCUGUUAGUAGCAAAAAGACCUCAAAACUGUGGAAUCAUUUUUCAAUUUGUUCUGCAGAUUCAACUAAAGUAAUAUGUAUGCACUGUGGACGUACAAUAAGUCGGGGGAAAAAGCCAACCAAUCUAGGUACCAGUUGCCUUCUAAGACAUUUACAACGGUUUCAUAACAAUGUCCUGAAACCAGAUGCCUCAGAGCCAGUAUUGUCCUCAUCUACAAAUAGCCGUGUGCCACUGAGCACGGAUUUGUUGGGGUCUUCAUCUUUUGAUGAAGCCAAUGAUAAAUUUUCUGACACUCACCCUGUUGCCAAAAAAAUCACAAGUCUUGUAGCUGAAAUGAUUGCACUUGACCUUCAGCCAUAUUCUUUUGUAGACAAUAUUGGCUUUAAUCGACUGCUUGAAUAUUUGCAGCCUCAGUAUUCUUUGCCUUCACCAUCUUAUUUUUCUAGGACUGCAAUUCCUGAUAUGUAUGAAAGUGUGAAACAAAUAAUUGUUUCACAUCUUAAAGAAGCUGAAAGUGGAGUAGUCCAUUUUACGUCUGGAAUAUGGAUGAGUAACCAAACCCGAGAAUAUGUAACCCUUACUGCUCAUUGGGUAACAUAUGAGUCAAGGGUUCGACCACAGUGUGAAGAUUACCAUUGUUCAGCUCUGUUAAAUGUGUCACAGAUCGAUUGUGACUACAGUGGUAUCAGCAUUCAGAAGCAACUAGAAUAUUGGUGGGAAGCUUGGAUAACAUCAAUCGGGCUUCAGAUUGGGAUUACUGUAACAGAUAAUCAGACUAUAGGAAAAACUUUAAAUGAAGGGGAUCAUUCAAGUGUGCAGUGCUUUGGUCACACAGUUAACCUCAUAGUUAAUGAAGCUAUUAAAAGCCAGAGAAUGGUUCAAAACUUGCUUAGUAUUGCAAGAAAGAUUUGUGAACGUGUUCAUCGGUCAGCAAAAGCAAGAGAGAAACUGGCAGAGCUGCAGAAAGAGUAUCACUUGCCCCAGCAUCAGUUAAUUCAAGAUGUUCCAUCAAAGUGGAAUACAUCGUUCCAUAUGCUUGAAAGCCUCAUUGAACAGAAAAGAGCAAUUGACGAAAUGUCCAUAGAGUGCAGCUUCAGGGAAUUAAUAAGCUGUGAUCAGUGGGAAGUGAUGCAGUCUGUCUGUCAUGCUCUCAAGCCGUUUGAAGUUGCAAGUAGAGAGAUGAGCACACACAUGUCCACUUUAAGCCAAGUAAUCCCAAUGAUUCACAUACUCAACAGGAAAAUUGAACUACUGUUUGAGGAAACAAUGGGUAUAGAUACCAUGCUGAAGUCUUUAAAAGAAGCUAUGGUGAGUAGAUUGUCUUCUACGCUUCACGAUCCAAGGUACAUUUUUGCUACUCUUUUGGACCCUCGUUACAAGGCCUCAUUAUUCACAGAAGAGGAGGCUGAACAGUAUAAACAGGACUUAAUCAGGGAGCUAGAAAUAUUAAGUGCUACCUCAGAUGAUGAGAAACCUGUUUCCAAUGGGUGUGGUAUGGGUUCACCAUCUAAAAACUCUUAUGUGGACAGUAGUCUUUGGUCACUUAUGGAAGACAUGAAAAAAGCAAAAGUUCCAAAAGAGAAGGCUAAAUUGCCAGAAGAAAUGGUGCUUUUGUACUUGGAGGAGGAAGUGCUUGAGCAUAACUGUGAUCCUCUGACAUACUGGAAUUUUAAGAAGUCAUCUUGGCCAAUACUGUCGAAGUUGGCUGUCCGAUUCCUAGGUUGUCCUCCAAGCAUUGUUCCAUCAGAAAGAUUGUUCAGUACAUCCAAUGAAAACAGCAGCUUUAGCCAGUCAAGGCUAGCAAUGGAACACUUUGAAAAACUUAUUUUUUUGAAAGUAAAUCUUCCUUUGAUAUACUUCCAGUAUUGAAACUAAUGAACAAGCUGCCAGUCUAAAAUUAUUGUUGCUCACUGGAUAAUUACUGUAUUUGUAACUUGGUUUGUUAAAUUGCUCCAAUAGGGGCCAUGUAUGACAUCUAAUCAGUGACAGUAGUUCCCUUUUAUAGUUUUAUUUUUCAUCUUUCUAUAUGUCUACAUGUGCCUUAUUAAUUGUCCUUCAGGCCAGAUACUGUACAUAUGUGUUUUUUAAAACUUCUUACUAGAAUUAGCUUGUCU